GGUUAGGUUUCUUUUGGUGUACGUAAUUUAUACUCCGGCCGGGCAUGGGGCUGCACAUGCCGGAACCAUGCUUACGUGGCAAUUAAUGCAUCUUUCCUCCGAUGAGCGUUUGGAAGACCUUAGCCUACCACAGGCUGCCUCAACAGCCCCUCCGCCUCUCCGUUCUCAAGUUGGAUGGCUCCUGCUUUGAGGUGGUAGUUGCAAGGACGGCGACAAUUGCAGAAUUGAAAGAGGCCGUGGAGGAGGUUUUCAGUCGGUUUCCAAGGGAUAGAGAGAUUAAUAUUUCUUGGUCUCAUGUAUGGGGUCACUUUUGUUUAUGCUACAAAGGCCAGAAGCUAGUUGAUGACAAAUCAUCUGUCCGACUGUUUGGAAUCAAGGAUGAGGAUGAGCUGCGUUUUGUCCGACAUCUUACGAUUAACGAUGGCCAAGAACAAGAAGAGAGACCAGUACUAAAGCAACCAAGUGCAAAUAUCAACAGCUUGUGUGUUGAAAUGGCUAAGACAUUAACAAGAGAAGGCUGGUAGA